AUUACCGAUUGCUCCCAACAGUAAAAAGAAAAAGAUAAAAACAAUUACUCAGUAAGAAACAUGGCCCUCCGACUAGAACCAUGGCUGCUGUACAGCCACGGUAAAAAGAAGAGGUCAAAAACCUUUUACAGCUUGUCGGAGGGUAAUUACCACGUCAGCGACGUCCGGGAGAUGCGACACCGUAUGAUCUACGCUCAUUCCCACGGCUGGUUGGUCCUUGUUGAUCAAGGUGAAUGUUGGUUGUACAACCCUUCUACCACGGAUGAAAUCCAGCUGCCCAACUUUCCCAAAGGUCACUGCGCCCACCACUUCUCCAACUGCGCCCUCUCCUCUGACCCUAAACUCGAGGGGAGCAUGGUUAUGUUCAUCCACCAGUACUCCGACGAGCCGCGGUUUCUUUACUGUAAGCCCGGGGAUGUGCAUUGGACGGUUGCUACGGUGGAGGGAAAUUGCGGCAGUUGCGGUGAUCGAAUCUACGGUUAUCGAGCCAUUGCUAGUCUUGGUGACGAGUUCUAUGUUCAUACAGUUUGUUGUGAGAGCUUAUUGAAGCUCCAGUUCAAUCAAUUCGACGACGACAAGGUGGUUGAUGAUGCGUUGAUCAGCAAAAUACGGUUACUUGAUACCAAAGUAAGAAGACCCAACUGUCCGCGGACUUACUACCUGAGGGGAAGUGCAGACAGCACAAGCUUCUUGGCUCAGCUGCCCUCGCGGCCUAACGAGCUGAUGAUCGUUGAAGUCGAUUACGGAGAUCACAUUGUCGAUGACGAUAGCAUCAAGGAUAUCGGUUUUAAGGGCGUAGGGUUGUACAUGGCCAAUUUCGAACAAGGAAGGUGGGAGGAUUUGGGAGACUUGCCUGACGAUUGUGCGAUCUUCCUAGGCUCCCAUCCGGACAACAUCCUCGUGUACAACAUUCCGAAAGAGGAUCUUGAUGCAGGAAUUUUUCGCGGGAACACGGUUUACUUCACCCAGUACAAAGACGGCGAUCAUCUCUACGCGUAUGAUGUCCGAGAGAAGAGUAUCAGCGUCUGCAGGUUACAUUGCACAAACACCAAACACUGUUCGGAACCGCAGUGGAUUCUGCGUCUGUGCAGAAUCCACCGCCGCAUCAAAACACCAGCCAGGCCCAGUAAUGAUGCGGGCGGAGAGAAGAAGAAGGAGAUUAUUAUGUCAUCAUCAUUGCCUGAAGGAAGAUGCAUCAACGAGGGAAACCCUUGGUGCGACAUUGAAAUCGAGCUACUCAGUCGCAUACAGUCCCGUCUAUUUGGGGCAGACCGCUCCCACUUCCGGCUCACUUGCAAAACAUGGCAAUCGGCAUUCUCCACCACCACCUAUGCCUUCCUGAAACCAACUGAAAACCCACUGGCGCGAUGCAGAGCCCAUCGAUCCCCGAUCCUAGUACACAUAGGAAAAGACGGCGAGCUGGUCAAUUUCUUCGACCCAAAGACCAACUCCACCACCACCCUGCCUCUCCCCGGUCUGAAAGGCGCGAGGAUCGACCUCCCGAGCCAGCUCAUGUACGAUUUCGAGGGGAUCGCCUUCUCGUCUCCUCCGACGUCUUCCGAUUGCACGGUUCUGGGCUACUCUGUCGCGCCCAUACUAGCCUUGUUCCGAUCCCUUCGUCGGGGACAGCGCAAAUGGACCGAUUCGUCGGAGAGAAUGAAGGGAAUCCAAUUCGACAACUCCUUCACAAAUCCAGUCUACCACCGAGGGUUGUUCUACUUCAUGGGGAAGAAUGGAAACCUGUGCACUUAUAACCCCAGACCAAAAAAGAAACAGAGUCGCACUCUGCUUUCCAACUUGCCGACCAAGCCCUGCGCCGCCUCCAUACGGAGGAGCCAUCUGAUGGAGUGCGACGGGAAGCUGUUAUCUGUUUUCACAGGCCACAUGGGUCGAUCUCUACAAGUUUACGAGCUCCACCAGGACCAGGGCACAAUGACAUGGGAGGAAGUCGCCAGUCUGGAAGACAAGGUGCUGUUCUUGAGCUCCGGUUCUUCCUUGUCGUCCACGAGCGAAGACAUGGAGAGUCGUAGCUUGGGGAACAAGGUGUUUCUGGACAGGUUUAAUGGGAAGGACGGCGUGAUGCACUGUCUGGCGAGGAGGAAGUUCUACACUAUGUGGAGCGGGUACAAGAGCGAUGACUGGUGCGACACCAAAGAGUAUACGAAUUGCGCUUGGGUUGUGCCCAAUUUCGAUACGCACAAGGAAGAGGAGCUCCGUUGGGCUCGAUGAUGAAGUUCGUUUUGAAUUGGAAACAAAUACGCACAAGCCUA